GAGGAGGAGGAGGAGGACGAGGAGGAGGAGGAAGAAGAAGAAGAGGAGGAGGAAGAGGAGAAGGAGGCGGCGGCAGUGGCGACGGCUAACGAGGGAAAUCUCCCUAGCUGGCUCUGUGUGCGGAAGAGUUUGCCUCCGGAGCAGCCCGGCCUCCUGCAGGACUGGAGCAGCGGCAGGAGCGGGAGACACCAGGAAAGCGGUAACAUCCACCCCAAGAGUCGGAGUAGCGGCGGUGGCGGGGACAGUGGGAGCAGGAGCAGGAGCAGGAGCAGGAGCAGCCGCCGCCAGCAGCCGGGUCCGAGCAGUCCUAGCUCUCGGGUCGCCUCGGCUGAUAGCAGCAGCGGCAGCUGGAAGAGUGCAGUCCCCGCCAGGCUCGAGGGCUUCCCUCAACAGCGGCAGCGGCAGCUGGAGCCCCCGGAGCCCCGCAGCCGCCGCCGCCAACAGUCCAGGUAG